AAUCGACCAGUCAAAACUGUAGUUCUGUCUUUCCACUCACUCUCUCUUCUCUUCUCUUGACAGUUAUUUAUAUUUCUGCAAAUCAUUCAUCAACCACCGCGCCAAAAAAGAAGAAGAAUGUGUGGGAUCUUUGCUUACCUAAAUUUCAAUGUGAGCAGACAGCGACGCUACAUUUUGGAGGUGCUUUUCAAUGGCCUCCGCCGCUUGGAGUACCGAGGCUAUGAUUCCGCCGGCAUUUCUGUUGACUCCGCCCUCAAUCCCGCACAUCCGCCUCUCGUCUUCCGCCAGGCAGGCAACAUCAACUCACUUGUCAAAGCAGUCUACCAUGAGGCUUCCGUUAUGGAGUUAAAUUUGGAAGAGUCCUUCCCGAUGCACGCUGGAAUAGCCCAUACCCGCUGGGCAACCCAUGGUGAACCAUCUCCAAGGAACAGUCAUCCUCAGACAUCUGAUCCAGGAAAUGAGUUUUUGGUUGUGCAUAAUGGAAUUAUAACCAAUUAUGAGGUGUUAAAAGAGACACUAGUUCGACAUGGUUUUACUUUUGAAUCUGAAACUGAUACAGAAGUCAUUGCAAAGCUUGCGAAGUUCAUCUAUAAUAAUACAAAUGAAGAAGGCAGCAGUAGCAUGACAUUUAGUCAACUUAUACUUGAAGUAAUGAGACAUCUUGAAGGAGCGUAUGCUCUGAUUUUCAAAAGCCGGCACUUUCCACAUGAGUUGGUCGCAUGUAAACGUGGCAGUCCGUUGCUUCUUGGCGUGAAAGAGCUAAAUGAAAAAGCAAUGGCUGAACCAUCUUUUAAUGACACUGAUUUUCUUUCAAGCAAUGGGCAACCAAAGGAACUCUUUCUCUCAAGUGAUGCUAGUGCUGUGGUGGAGCACACAAAGAAGGUCUUAGUGAUUGAGGACAAUGAAGUAGUUCAUUUGAAGGAUGGGGGUGCAUUCAUUUUCGAGUUUGACAAUGCUAAAGGUGAACAUGGUGGAACUUCUGUAAGGCCUGCUUCCGUCCAGCGCGCUUUAUCAGUGCUGGAUAUGGAGGUUGAACAAAUUAAUAAAGGGAAGUAUGAGCAUUACAUGCAGAAAGAAAUUCAUGAACAACCAGAAUCUCUCACAACAACAAUGCGAGGAAGGCUUCUACGCGGAGGAUCAUGCAAGUCCAAGAGUGUCCUUUUAGGAGGGCUAAAGGAUCAUCUCAAAACCAUUAGGAGAAGCAGAAGGAUUGUUUUCAUUGGCUGUGGCACUAGUUUUAAUGCAGCCUUAGCUACAAGGCCCAUCUUGGAAGAACUUUCUGGUAUCCCUGUAACAAUGGAAAUUGCUAGUGAUCUACUGGAUAGGCAGGGGCCUAUAUAUCGAGAAGAUACCACUGUCUUUGUUAGUCAAUCGGGCGAAACUGCUGAUACUUUACAGGCACUGGAAUAUGCACUGGAAAAUGGUGCAUUGUGUGUCGGAAUCACCAACACUGUUGGCAGUGCAAUUGCUAGAAAUACCCACUGCGGCAUUCAUUUAAAUGCUGGUUGUGAGAUAGGUGUUGCUAGCACCAAGGCAUACACAAGCCAGAUUGUAGCAAUGGCUAUGCUAGCUCUUGCAAUUGGAGAUGACGCAAUAUCUAGUCAGGCAAGAAGGGAAGCAAUAAUAGACGGCCUAUUCGACUUGCCAGGUAAAGUGAAAGAAGUUCUCAAGCUUGACGAAGAAAUGGAAGAUCUUGCCAAGUUACUGAUUGCUGAGCAAUCACUUCUGGUUUUUGGACGAGGAUACAACUAUGCAACUGCGUUGGAAGGCGCCUUGAAGGUGAAAGAAGUAGCACUUAUGCACACGGAAGGAAUACUAGCCGGUGAAAUGAAACACGGACCCUUGGCAUUAGUUGAUGAAACUCUCCCUAUUGUUGUUAUUGCUACCCGCGAUGCUUGUUUCAGCAAGCAGCAGUCUGUUAUUCAGCAACUUCAUGCUCGGAAAGGGCGGCUUAUAGUGAUGUGCAGUGAAGGAGAUGCGGCAUCGGUGUGCGUGGGUGGGUCUUGCCGUGUUAUUCAAGUUCCUCGAGUUCAGGACUGUCUGCAGCCAGUAAUUAACAUAGUUCCUUUACAGCUUCUGGCAUAUCAUCUAACUGUAUUGCGAGGACACAAUGUUGAUCAACCCAGAAAUCUUGCAAAGAGUGUAACUACUCAGUGAGAUGUGAGAUAUUCAACCUGCUCUCUCUCUCUCUCUCUCUCGUGAUUGAGAUAAGAGAGACUCACUAAUUAACCCGUCUGGUAACAGAUGACUGUACAGUUAUUGUAUCCAUGUAUUGAUGUAUCUACGAAUGAUGUGUAAUGAAAUCAGUUUAUUAUGUUGAGAUCA